AUGUUCAUAUUGUCAUCAGUUGUCCUUUAUAUAUCCACCAAAUUCGUGCAUGGUGAAGAUAUAUCAAUGAUGGAAGAAAGUGUUAAAUUUGACUGUUCUCGAUUGCCCAUCACAUAUUGCUGUACAACACGUGUCCGUACAACCUGUAAAGUGCAAUGUUCUACUAUCCGUUGCGAUUCAGGUUUCUACAAACGAGAUAAAAAAUUGAAGCAACUGGUAGUUGGACCACAAACGAUUUAUAAAAAUGGUUUGAACGAUGGUGACACUGCAGAUUUACACAGUGGCAUUCAAAUGAAACGGACAAACCGAAAACCGUCACCUCAAAACUUAUCCAAAAAAAUGUACUUACCAGCUCCGACAAGCAGUGACGAGAAUGAAUCAUUGGUCAAUAUGUCAAGUGAAGAUAUUAGCGUGAUGCCAUCUGUCACAGCAACAGUGUCAUCAUUUAAUUGUGGCCUGGAACCAUCUUGCAUCACAGAGCCUCAAGUAAGCACGAACAUCGAUGUAAGUGUUUGCACAAUUCUACACAUCAUACCGAUCGUUCAGUGCGCUUCAAAUGAACGCGAUAACAGUGAGUGUUGCAGGUACAAACAAAUAACUGCCAAGAGUGCGCCGCAGUGUGAAAUAUUUUGUCGUUCCGGACAAGAAAUUACGAGACUUGGUCUGGAACACUUGCUCUGCCGAAAAGUAAUGGACGAAAUUAUUGCUUGCCACUUAUCCGGUCUAAGAAGUUAA